UCAUUGAACUAGUUCCGAGUUUAAAGAACCUCGGCAGCCCUCGUUGGGGUACAAGAUGGAAAGGUAAACAAAUGGGAACCUAAAACCAAGAAAUGGACCACGGCGGCGACAAAUUAAUGCUUAUAGUGGAGGAGGACGACGCUGAGCCUGCCGAGCAACACCCUCGCUGCCAACAUGGACCCACGGUCUUGUUCUUUCGACAAUCACAGCUUCCGAGUCAGGGAUACUUCUCCUGCUCGGCACACAGAGAUUCGAAACUGUGUAGUUUCCACCUGCCAGCGGAUCAGUGGAAGGGCUAUAAUUCCACAGAUUUACCUUUACCUUCUGUGAAGGACUACCCUGAGUAUAUCAGACCGCGCGAUCCUAACAUACCCGAAGAUCCCACCAAAAACAUAACGGCUUUGUCGCAGGACAAAGUUAACGCCCAGUACUUUUUUGAUGAAGCUGCUCUGGACUUUUUAGUGGAGCAGUGCAAAAACUUGGGAAUAACAAAGGUCGUCUGCAUGGGGGCACCCCGCUUACAUUUCCGCCUGCGAAGGGAGCUCUCAAGCUUCCUUCUGGACUUGGACGAAAGAUUCGCGGAACACCUGAGCGCCGCGGAGUUCUGUCUAUACAAUAUGUGCAAUAAUCACUUCUUGUAUAAUCGCAAGCCUUUCGAAGAUUUCCUGGUGUGCUCCACGUCCGACAGCUUGUUGAUAGUUACCGAUCCUCCCUUUGGCUGCCGCACUGAACUGAUCUCGCAUACGCUGCGAUCCCUGAGAAGACUGCACAAUAAAAUAAAUCGGAUGCCAUUAACACCUCUGCCCAUAUUCUGGAUUUAUCCCUACUAUUCUGCUAGUCACAUAAAGCAGGAAAUGCCCGAGAUGGAGAUGUGCGAAUACCGAAUAAACUACACGAAUCAUCUGAGGUACACGAACGUGGGAAAGCAGAGUCGGUUUUGCGGCUCACCCGUUCGCCUCUUCAGCAACGUUCCCAUGAACCUACUACGGUUGCCAUUGAAGGAGGGCUAUAAGUACUGUGAGAAGUGCGACUGUUAUACCGCCAAGGAGAAUCUUCACUGCGAUCCUUGUGGAAAGUGUCCCUCGGUAAACGGCCAGACGUACAGGCAUUGCAAUUUCUGCGACACGUGCGUCAAGCCCAACUACGUGCACUGCCCCAAUUGCCGAAGAUGCACACAAAGAGAGGGUCAUGAGUGCACCUUCUACCAAAGCAAACAGCUCUGCUGGCUGUGUGGCCAAAGAGGUCACAUUGAGACCAGCUGCCCUUAUCUCAAGCUGCGAAAAAUUAAAUCUUCGAAACAUGGAUGCCUCUUAUGUGGCAAAAGUAAUCACAAAGAACGUACCUGCAAUCUUAGAAGAAAGUACUUUAAGGAUCUGGAGUUUAUGGGUAAAACUCUCACUCAGCGAGUGUAGGCGAGGGUUUUGUUGAUAAAAAUAAAUACACAAUUUGUUCAAUACAAAA